CGAAGAACCGAAGAACAUAAGGGAAUUUCCCAAAUUCAUCUCUGUAUCGUCCAACAGAGCAGAAUUCUUAAAGAAUCAGCGAUGCAACAAGGAGAUUACAGUGCUUACUAUCAAUUCUCUCACCUUCCAAAUCCUAAUCCCAACCUCAAUCCCAGCUCCACCGAUUCGCUCCAACCGCCGCACGCAUCGGCGCCGCCUUUCACCUCUGGAUACGUCUCGUCUGAUUACUCCGUCUAUGCACCGAAUUAUCCUCCGUAUCCUCACAAUUCCGAUCCUGUCCCUCCCACCGCUCCCUCAUACACCCCACCGUCAUCCACAACGCCGCCGGCGACAAAUCCUAGUCCGCAUACCAGCUUCAAUCAACAACCGCAACCACCGUUGACCUCAGCCCCUUCGUUCCCGCCAUAUGAUUCGCAUGGAGCAUACCAGCCUCCUGUAUCUCAGCCACCGUAUUUCCCACCUUAUGAUCAGACGGCUCCAAAUUACGCCCCUGCGCCACCAAACCCAGAACCUAAUCCCCAUCCAUCCUACUACUCAGCCCCGUAUUCCCUUGGGGGAUCAUCGAUGUCAUCAGUUCCACCUGUGUACGACAACCAGUACGAGAAUUCGAUGAAAUUUGAUGGUGGAAGCGGGCAUUAUGAUGAUAAAUAUGGGGGUUAUAGUAGAAGUAGAUCUGAUUUGGGAUCGGAUCGUUACGGGAAUCGACCAGAGAGCUAUUCAGGAAUUGGCGAUGAUGGAUAUGGGGACGAUGUGUAUGCUUAUCAAGCUGGCAAGGCGGAGCCAUAUGGGGCACGUGGGACGGCUCCAAAGUCGUCUUCUUCUGCCAUAUUCGAUGAUUAUGGGCGGGCUAUUGGUUUUUCUUCUGGGAAGGACUCCUCCGUUGGAUCAGCUUUGGGUUCACCUAAGAUUGUCAGAGCUGUGCCAAAGGCAGAUACUCAGCAGGAUGUCAAGAGUGGAGUGCAGAAGUUUCGAGUUAAGUUAUUGCCUGAAAGUGGUGGACAGGGCACCAUGGAUGUGCUUUGCCAGAUUGGUUUGGAUGGUAUUCGAAUGCUGGAUCCAAGUACCAGUCGUACACUGAGAAUAUAUCCUCUUGAGACCAUCUCAAGAUGUGAAGUGACUGAUUCAUCUACCUUGGCAUUUUGGUCUAAAAGCUCAGUUGAUAUUGAUCCAAGGCGAAUCAGGUUGCAAUCAAAUAGUUACACUACAAAUACCCUUCUUGAUACGAUAACUGCUGCAACAGUACAGAUCAAGGAGAUGGGUGGUAGAACCCGGCCUUCUGAAACUAUAAAGACAGCUGAACUGCCUGCUGAGAAGAAGAAAGGAUUUACUGAUUGGAUGAAUUUGAUAAAGCCUGGCAAUGAAGAGAAAGAUCAUUGGGUCCCUGAUGAAGCUGUUUCAAAAUGUACAGCUUGUGGGACAGAUUUCGGGCCUUUUGUACGUAAGCAUCAUUGCAGGAACUGUGGAGAUAUUUUCUGUGACAAGUGUACCCAUGGUAGAAUUGCUCUCACUGCAGAUGAGAGUGCUCAGCCAGUUAGAGUUUGCGACCGGUGCAUGGCUGAAGUGACACAAAGGUUGAGCAAUGCUAAGGAAGCAGCCAGUAAACCUGCAGGUUUGCAAAGUCAUGAGGACCUCGCCAAGAAGCUUCAGGAGGAGAUGGAGAAAAAUCGAAGAGGUUCAUCAGGUUCCAAGUCUGAUGGAUCUGGGAGACGGAUGAAGGAAGUUGCUUGUCCUAUCUGCACUGUUCAUUUGCAGGUCCAAGUUCCCAGCUCAGGCUCUGAGACAAUUGAAUGUGGGGUUUGUCAGCAUCCUUUCCUUGUGAGUGCUCAUUGAUUGGACACACUUCUUACAACAAGUUGAAGGCAUUUCAAAUCUCCAUGGAUCUUUAGUAUCUUUGUUGAGGUGUUUGAUUAUUUAAUAAUUUCUAUUGGCCUGUGUCGAAUCAUUUCCUUCAUGGUUCUGAAACUUUAUUGAGCUAAUGUCAACUCUUGAAAUUAGUGUAUACAUCCAAGUUUUUCACCAAUUCCUGUCAGCCAAGUGAUGCCUGUGUAUAGUUCUAACAAUUUAUUUACAAACUAACGUGUGGAUUAUUCCCAUGAUUGAUUUAUUUUUGGAUUCUUAGCAUGUGAAACAAAGUUCACUUUAAAAC